UCAUUCCAAUUCGAUGCUGUCGAUUCUAGGCUUCAUUACACCUGUGUUCUGUAACUGCUUGUACCGCUUCACGAUGACUGAGCAGCCGAAUUCUGCGGCCAGUGAACCGGCACCACAGAGCGCCCUCCUCACACCCCCGGUGUUGUCCUCCGGGAAUGCGAGCAGUCAGCACACGAUGACAUCUGUCCGAUGGGGAACAUCUAGCGCGAAAUAUAGUCUAGCACGCUGUCCUGUCUACCUGCCUUGGCAUCUGCUUGUGCUCAUAGGAGCUCUCGUGGUAUUGUCGAUCCUGCUCGCUCUCUUGUUUCCACGGUCCCCGGAGAAUGCACCUGGACCCAUAGUCAUAGAUUGCCCGACCGGCGUCCUACUUGGUAUCGAGGCUGUGGCUGGAGACUACGGCUCGGUGUACGCCUUUCUCGGUAUCUCUUAUGCUGUUGCACCCGAAAGGGCACUAAGGUUCAGAGCACCCAUCACCAAGCCCCGUGAGGUGAAACCUGUGGAUGCCGCAAAGAUAAAACUACCGUGCGUGCAAGCGCCAUCGAUUCACGGACCUCCAGUACAUGAACUUGCAGACAGCCAGCAGAGUGAAGAUUGCCUGCACCUGAACGUAUGGACGCCGACGCUUUCUUGUUCUGGCCGCGGCGAGAAGGCCGCUUGCGCCACUAAGACCAUACUAGUACUUUUCUUCGGGCAAGACUUCGAAUACGGAGGCAAUGACGAGCCUAUGACCAACGGUCGCUUCCUCUCUGCCAUAGGAGACAUGGUCGUCGUUGUGCCGAAUUACAGACAUGGUCCCUUCGGGUUCUUGAGCACGGGCAACACCCAACGUGCUCCGGGCAACGUGGGUCUCAUGGAUCAAGUAGCUGCUUUCGAAUGGACGCUACGGAAUGCGCCCAGCUUCGGAGGGAACGUGUCCCGUAUUGCGCUGGCCGGUUACAACGACGGCGCUGCAUCCGUAGGGUACAUGUUGACGGGGCAUGCCAGUAAUGUCCGAAGGGCAGUGCUGUUGGGCGCCACGCCUUUCACGCGGUUCUUUGAGAACACGAUUAAUCCGUUGCUCAACGCCAAGCACUUGGCACAAGAGCUGUGCUGCGAGCGCUGGAACAGCUGUUUAGCACGGGGCAACACAUCCUUCGAAGCCUCUCCAGACGACAUCAUCGAUUGUCUUCGCGAUGUCCCUGCCCGCGACCUGAGUAACCAGGCUGCUGUUCGGGUGCAGCUUUCGUGGAAAGGAUUUGGACCCACUUUCUCCAGAGACCCGGUGUUAGAGGAUCCUUUUGUUCAUGUGGGCUACGCAGCCCCGACAGGGGUACACAUUCUUCUAGGGAUCACAGCUGACGUAGGAGCAUACGCUCUGUACCGUCUGAACUCUUUGCUGAACACCACAGAUCGACCGCAAGAGCUGCUCCAUUUCCUAGGCAAGUUUCUGGAAAAACAGUACGGCUUCUGGUGUGGGUCUGGAAUCGUGAAGCAUUUCCUUCGCUCUCACGGAGACCAGCCCAACCCCAUAUCGGAAGGCUUUCUUAAAGAGCUUCUUUCCUGUGUCUUCUACAUCUGCCCUAUGCAAUACUACAGGGACGCUCUGCAGAAGCGACAGAGUCGCUCAUCGAUUUACGUCUUCUGGCCGAAGCUUUCCUACCGUGUCUCAUCCAUUUCGAGCGCCAAAGCAGCCACCCGAUUGGAGGACCUGGGCUACUUCAUGGGCGACGUCUUAAAAGGGUCUCAUGGAGCCUCCACAGAGGAAAGGGCGCUCGGUCUUAGGCUGGUGCGUGCACUCGCCAGCUUCGUUGCCAACGGGACACUUCCUCCAGUCGAAGGACAACCAUGGCCGACAGGUAAUGGAGAACGAUCCACAGUCCACAUCCAUCUGGACACCUUAACUCUGGGUUCCCUCCCAGGCAGCAACCACUGUGACGCACUCUACAGACAUGUCACCGGACACCCCUCUCCAUUGCUAGAGAUCUAUUGAAUAUUGAAUGUCACUACUUUUGAUAGUACAGGCAAAACAUAAUCAGGUUUCACUUCUAAUAAACA